GUUGGAAACAUAUCCAUGCAUAUAUUUGGAAAUUUUUAUGUUUAAGUACAAAGAUGCUUGAAGCCCUCUGUACAGAUAUUUUGCACUUCUGUGACUCUGUCACAUGCAACCCCCACAAGCUGGGGUCAGCGGAGCAUGGAAGAGUCUCAACCUGCAGGUUUCUUCACUGUAACGGAGAAAAUGAGAAGCUGCUAUGCAAAAUUUCUGCACAUGAUGACUGUUGCCGUAAUAUGCCACCCACUUUCAUCUUCAGUUGUCUGAACCUGACGCCUGGUUCUGACCCAGCCUCGGAUCUAUCAGCUAUUUGCUCAAAAGCAGAGAUUCCAUGGCUCUUUUACGCAAAUACAUCUGGGUGCUGGUGAUACUGGGGAUGGUUUUUGUGUCGCUGGUGAUCAGUCUCAUCUUCAUCCUCAUCAACAAGUGUAUUUCCAGAAAAGGAGGCAAACACCGAAUUUUACAGCUCCAGGAAAGACCUAACGUCAAAAUCGAGAGCAACAAAUAUCAGCUGACACAACCUGUCACUGACACACCUCCUCUUCCCCCUCGGACACAGUUUCUCACAGCAGACGCCCAAAGCUAUGAGAACCUGGCCGAGGAAUGUGAGCAUGAUGACCAGAGUGACCACGACUACGAGGAGGCCCUGGACCCAAAGCUCAACUGCGUGAAGGUGCAGGAAAAUCUUCUCUGCAAUCAUCCAAACACAAACUCUGGAGUUUCAAUCGCUCAGAGCUACGAGAACCUGGCUGAGGAGAAUGACUACGAGGAGAGCGUGGAUCCACUGCCGGACUAUGUCAAAGUGGAGGAUGAAACCGAGAUUCUUCCCCCUCCUCUUUGCGUUUUGGAUCCAAAUAUAAAAUGUAAUCUUUCUUUAGGUCAGAGCUAUGAAAAUCUGGCCGAUGAGGAUGAGUACGAGGAGAGCAUGGAGCAGCAGUCGGACUAUGUGAAGGUGGAGGAUGAGGAGGAGUUCCCUCCUCAUCAGAGCAAUGAGGCGAGGGACAACGCCUCCACUGCUUCCACCGAGGACUAUGACGAUAUUGGAGAAGAUGAGGAAGACUAUGAUGAUGUUGCAUAAGAUCAAGAUAAAGAAAAAGGACAAAGACUUUUUCCCUCCAACCUUCCUGCUGAUAAGAGCUUUCACAGAUUUAUUUUGUUUCCCAUCUUUAAUUAUUUUUCACAUGUUUUAAAAAGCAGAACAGCUGGAGAUAACAGUUCACUUUUGGACACUCAGUUUUACUUUUUGAUUCCUACACAACUUAUUUACUGAUCAUUUCUAGAUUUGUCUAUAGCCGUUUUUCAACCAUUUUGGUUUAAAACCUUGUGAACUGUUUUUUUUUUAAUUUUAUUUUCAAAAUAAAACAUGUAAUUUUUAUGUUUGUAAAUUGUACAGCAUUGCAUAAAUGUGAUUGUGUUUACAGUAGGCUAAUUUUUGUCCGUCAUGAUUUGUGACUGAAGAAGUGAGGAUGCAGAAUA